CCGAGAGGAGGGGCAUCAUGAUAAAAGUUCUCUCUCUUGCAGUUUGACAAAUGCUCUCUGAAUAGCUGCCACUGUCUAUGGAAUAUUACCAACACCUUGCAUUAAAAGCAGUAUUUGCAAAAUAGAAUUGCAAUUCUAGAAGAUCAAGAUUAAUGGAGAAGAAAAGCACAGCAUGGAAUCUAGACUUCAGUAAAAUAGAUGACAGCAACAUUUCUAAAACAGGCCCAUUCCAUGGAAAGAUGACAAAUGAUACAUGCAUUAUUUUCAUUUGCAACAACCAUCCUAAGCUGGAGUGGUACUGCUAUUUGCUGAUUCUGGUUUGCCUUUUCACUUUGAUAGUGGGAUUUCUAGGCAACAUACUUGCCCUUCGACAUUAUGUGUACUGCGUGAAGACCUGGAAUACUAACAGCAUAUUUCUAUUUAAUUUGGCAUUGUGUGACCUCACUUGGAUUCUUAUGGCACCUUUUUCAGUAUAUCAUAGACUCCAGAAGUCAAAAAACUAUAUCAAUCAAACAUUUUUUUACAUCAUAAGACUAUUUUUUAGCAUUAAUAUAUACGGAAGUGUCUACUUCUUAACACUCAUCAGUUUUGAUAGAUACUUAGGUGCUGUCCAUCCUAUCUCCUCAUUAACAUGGUGGAACAAAGGAAAGGCCAUGUUUUGUACUGCUGCUGUAUGGAUCUUCAUAGUUCUUGCAUCAGUGCCAGAGAUCUUCUGCACAAUUGAAGCUGGAAGACAGCAUCACAACACAAGUUCCCAAGAUCACAAUGGAGAACCCUUACAAUUCGAAGUGCCAUUCAUACUCUCCAAGAUUAUAUUGAGGUUUCUAAUUCCAGUCACAGUCAUCUUUACAUGCUAUAUGUUGACUCUCAAAGCACUACUACAACUCUGUAAACGUCAGCAAAGAAGAAAUAGAAUUAUUAGGCCUCUUUUACUGAUUUCAGCUGCUAUGAUUGUAUUUGCUGUGUCUUUCACACCAUAUCACAUUACAAUGAUGGUGAUGAUAAUUUACAAAACCUGUUAUCAACCAUCCUCUGAGAGCAUAAGUAGACUAAUGGUAGUUUUUCAAAUCACAGAGAUCAUCUGCAGCAUCAACAGUUGCCUUGAUCCAAUCAUUUUUACAGUAGCAAAUAAAACAUUCUAUCAAAAAAUAAAAAAUAUAAAAUGUCAUCCCAAAUGCCAAUGCUGCUGCUGUCUAACACACAGGGCAAGGGACAUCACUGUAUCCCCAAGAACAGUGACUUAAAGGUCAGUUUACAAAGACAUGCAUCUCUUCCUACCCAUUUAGCUUUGUACUGUCGGAACAGUUUAAAAUUUCAUCUCCUGUAUAGUGCAUCAAUCCCUUGAGUAGGCAAGAAUAGACAGCAAUGUAGAGUAAAAGUUAACAUGUAAAUCCACUGGAAAAGAAAUGCUAUUAUAUGUACUUUAAAUAUUAUUGUCAUAAAUAUACAUUAAUCUAUUGUGACACAGCACUUCUUCCCCACAUGUACAUCUGAUAUGAAUGAACAAUGAAUAAAAGCUCUAAGGAUCUGCUUUUGUUCUUGGUCAGAGAAAUACAGAAAGUCUAUGAGUAAACAGUGUUGAGGAGUCUCCUGAUAGUUUCUGUUAAUUAUUUUUUAAUAUGUUUGUAAGUAGCAUUGGGGCUGCACUGUGCAAUUAGUAAGAGCCAUGAAGUUAACUGCUGAACUUCCCAAGCGUUUGUAGAGAGGCCUACUACAAGUUCUUAAUUGUAAUGCUACUUGCACUAAAUUUCCUCUGGCAGUGGCAGUGGAACCUCAAUAACCUGGAUAAAUGCAGCAGAUU